UCUUCAUAUAAAACCCGGCGAGUUCACGCAGUAAUCGGCGUUCACGAGCACCAUCACUGCGAGUAACUGGGGGGGAUAAAAAUAACGUCCGAUUAUUUAAAUUUUAAUUUAUCAUUUCAGAUUACAAUAUGCCUGGAUAUUCAGACAGAGACCGCGGUCGUGACAGAGGUAGUUACAAUAGUGGCCCCCCGCGCUUUGGAGGCAGCAGAGGUGGACCUCCUCCGGGCAAGAAGUUUGGGAAUCCUGGAGAACGUCUGCGGAAGAAGCACUGGAACCUGGAUGAGCUCCAGAAGUUUGAGAAGAACUUCUACCAGGAGCAUCCUGAAGUUUCUCGGAGGUCAAUUCAAGAUGUUGAACACUACAGAAGAACCAAGGAGAUCACCGUGAAGGGUCGAGACUGUCCCAAACCCAUUGUAAAAUUCCAUGAAUCAAACUUUCCAAACUAUGUGAUGGAUGUGAUUGGUAAACAGAACUGGACUGAUCCGACUCCUAUCCAGGCUCAGGGGUGGCCAGUUGCACUGAGUGGAAAAGAUAUGGUUGGCAUUGCACAGACCGGCUCUGGAAAAACACUCUCGUAUCUGCUUCCCGCUAUUGUUCACAUAAACCACCAACCAUUCCUGGAGCGAGGUGAAGGUCCCAUUUGCUUGGUGUUGGCACCCACCCGUGAAUUGGCGCAGCAGGUCCAGCAGGUGGCGGCAGAGUACGGCAAAGCUUCUCGUCUCAAGUCCACCUGCAUAUACGGAGGCGCUCCCAAAGGACCACAGAUCCGGGACCUGGAAAGGGGUGUCGAGAUUUGUAUCGCCACACCCGGAAGACUUAUUGAUUUCCUUGAAGUUGGAAAGACAAAUCUGCGCAGAUGCACGUAUCUUGUGCUCGACGAAGCUGACCGGAUGCUUGACAUGGGAUUUGAACCUCAGAUUCGAAAAAUCUUGGACCAAAUUAGACCGGACCGACAGACUCUUAUGUGGAGUGCUACGUGGCCCAAAGAGGUGAGGCAGCUGGCUGAGGACUUCCUGAAGGACUAUGUACAGAUCAACGUCGGCGCUCUGCAGCUCAGCGCCAACCACAACAUCCUACAGAUUGUCGACGUUUGCAAUGAUGGCGAAAAAGAAGACAAACUGAUGCGUCUGCUGGAGGAAAUCAUGAGCGAGAAGGAGAACAAGACCAUUAUUUUUGUGGAGACCAAGAGAAGGUGUGACGAUCUCACCAGGAGCAUGCGUAGGGAUGGAUGGCCAGCAAUGGGCAUCCAUGGAGACAAGAGUCAGCAGGAAAGAGACUGGGUGCUCAAUGAGUUCAAAUAUGGCAAAGCGCCCAUCCUCAUUGCCACAGAUGUUGCCUCCAGAGGACUAGAUGUGGAGGACAUCAAAUUUGUCAUUAACUAUGACUACCCCAACAAUUCUGAGGACUACAUUCACCGCAUUGGCCGUACGGCUCGCAGUCAGAAAACCGGCACAGCCUACACUUUCUUUACACCCAACAACAUGAAACAGGCUCACGACCUCGUCUCGGUCCUCCGCGAGGCCAACCAAGCCAUAAACCCCAAGCUCAUCCAAAUGGCCGAAGACAGAGGAGGUAAAUCCAAUUGGUCGUUCCAGGGGAGGUCGAGGUGGAGGGUAUAGGGAUGACCGCCGCGAUCGCCACUCUGGCGGCAGGCGGGACUUCAACAGCUACGGCCAGGAUAACCGUAACAGUGACUCUUACGGGCAAAAGAAGGUAUUUGGAAAUAAAACUCAAAACGGAUCUAGCGGUUACAACAGCAGUAACAGCUUUAACGCGGGUUACAGCAAUAACGGACAGGGUAACUUCGGCAGUCAGUCUGGUGGGUACGGAAACCAAGGCUAUCAGAGCCAGCAGUUUGCACCAAACCCAGCUCCUGUUCAGAACAGCAUGAACCACCCUCCACCGUUCCCCUUCAACCCCCAGCAGAUGCCACAGACCAUGCCGUUCCCCAUGGCUCCUCCCACAUUCCCUCAGUAAAGUUUCAUUUGCUAAUCUAAAUCUUUAACUGUUCCGUACAUGUAACUUUAUUUCUUCAGAGCAGGUUGUAAUAUGUACAUGCCGUCACAAGAGUCAGAGUCUGCUGUGCAGGAUUUUUUUUUUUCUUCCCUUUUUUUUGUUUUUGUUUUGUUAGAUGUAUCUUGUUUUUUAGUAACUUAAAGUUAUUUUGUACUGUAGAGCUAAUGAAGGAUCUACACUUGUAAAAAAUGUCAAGGGCCAUUCAUGGCCAUUGCAUGGUCCUCAAAUAAACUCUUAAAAGUAA